AUGGCUCUAUACCUCUUGACAGCUGUCGUGCAAUCCAAAAGAUUCUUGCUUGUUCUAGAUGAUAUUUGGGAGGAAGAUAUGAGCAAAUGGGAGAAUGUGCUCUCCCCUCUGACUAAUGGAAGUUUCGGAAGUAAGAUUUUGAUAACUACUCGAAUGGCUGCAGUUGCAUCGACGAUUGCAAAUGUUUUUAAAAAGAAGAGGGAAACAUUGAGAAUAAAGGGCUUGAAAGAAAAUGUGUGUUUGAAGCUACUCAACACCCAUGCAUUUGCUGGUGUAGAGAACCUUGGUGCUCAUACAAAAUUAACAAACAUUGCUAGUUCGAUAGUUAAAAAGCUUUCAGGAUCUCGACUAGCAGCAAAGAUCGUCGGUGGUAUUCUCAAUUCUAACUUGAAAGAGAGCUUCUGGAUGAACAUUUUAAAUAGUUCUGAUGUUCUAAACGUAGAACCAGAACCGGGUCGUAAUAACAUUUUGUCUAUCUUAAGAUUGAGCUUUACGUUCCUCCCACAACUUCUACAAAAUUGUUAUGCAUUUUGUGGCAUAUUCCCACAAGAUCAUGAGUUUGAUAAAGAUGAUUUAGUCCGAAUGUGGAUUGCAUUGGGUUUCAUUCAGGAAUCUUCUAUUGAAGGAGAGACUUUGGAAGAUAUUGGAGAAAGAUCUCAUGGAUAUCUCACUCAGAUGCCAAGAUCUCUAAGCAGUCUUUAUCAUUUGCGGUUCAUAAUCUAUAAAAAUGCAUUUGGGGGAUUUUGGUCUGAUGAUUUCUUACUUGGCGAUGUGACUAAUCUUACUAAUCUGCGUCACUUGGAAUUGCCCCGGUAUACAUUUUAUAGUGUACCUGGAAUUGGGAUAUUAAGGUCACUUCAAGAACUAAAUGAGUUUAAUGUGAAGAAUGAGAAUGGUUAUAGAAUUGGGGAGUUGGAGCAUAUGAGCGAGUUGCGCAAAUUAAAAAUAAAUUUUCUGGAAAAUGUGAAGGAUGCUGGAGAGGCUCGCACUGCAAAAUUAUUGGAGAAAAGAAAACUGACAGAUUUAUUUUUGAAUUGGGGCAAAACUGUUAAUAAAUGGGAAUUAGACAGGGGAUAUAGAUGCGUACGUAACAUAGUCAAUUCUGAAUUAGAUGUGAAUGUGCUCGAAAAUCUUGAACCAUACAAAAAUUUGAAAAGAUUGUCCAUAGUUUCAUAUGAGGGCGCAUGCUCUGCAAAAUGGAUGUACAAUGCGGAUUUGAUCUCCAAUCUAGAGUACAUCUGUCUGAACGGGUGUUCGGAGUGGGAAGCCCUUCCUCCUUUUGGGCAGCUUCCCCACCUCAAGUCUCUGUACCUUUGUAACAUGUCAAAUGCAAAGCGGCUUGAUUUUAAAUUCCAUGGGAAUGACAAGGUUUCUGUGUUUCCAUCGUUGGAGGUGCUAAAUAUGGAGGGAUUGCAAGUAUUGGAGGAUUGGUUUGAUGGAGCAAGAGCAACAGCAUAUGACUGUUUCUUUCCUUGCUUAACUGAACUCUUCCUCGUUAACUGCCCAAAUCUGCAGGAGUUGCCCUAUUUGCCUCCUAAGCUCAAGAAAAUGAAGAUACAAAACAUCGGAUGGAAGGCUGCUUUGAUCUACAAGCAAGAAACCAACAACUGCUGCCUUCAAACAUUAGAGGUCCUUUCGUGUCCAAACAUCACAUCUCUUCAUUCUGUUGGUGGACGACAACAAGUGGAGAGUGGCAUUGAGAAAUUCCAGGUUAUUCUUAGUCAAGUUGUUAUAGAUGACUCAUCCUUGUUGCUGACGGUGAGAAUCGCCUCCUUGGAAAAGCUCACAAUUUGUAAUGAUGAUGUGCUGCAGUCUCUCCCUUCCUUCUUGGAACGCCUCUCUUCACUUAAGAUUCUACGCGUCGAAAAAGUUCCUCGGCUCCAGCAGCUUUUACACAUCCCCACCUCCCUGAAAGAAUUACAUCUUGAAUACCUGGAAUCAUUGCAGUGCCUCCCAGCGUCUUUGUCGGCCAUCUCAUUCCUCAAAGUUCUAUGGUUAAAAAACAUUCCACUCCUCAAAUCAUUACCAUCUUCUUUGUCGGCCAUCUCAUCCCUCAAGCAUGUUUUUUUAGACAACAUUCCACUCCUCAAAUCAUUGCCAGACCUCCCUCUCUGUUUGUCUCAUCUGCUUCUACAGAGACUUGAUAACCUACAGUGCCUGCCAUCUUCUUUGUCGGCCGUCUCAUCCAUAAAAUGA